CCGAAGCGGCCAACGAGUCUGUGGGCUAAUCGUUGCCCAACGACAGAUCCAUCGACCAUCGCCCCAAACAAACAAAUGAAGAUUAUGCGACUUUAGUCGAUGGUUUGAUGGCAAUGCUCAAGGUGUGCUCGCCCCCAGCGGAAAGACAUUUGUGAAAAUUGUGAAAAUUGUGAAAAGCGACCGCUAGCUGUCAUGCACUGCACCACCCGACUGCUCAGAUACGUACUGUGUGUCAUCAGUGGCAUUUGUGCCCUAGGUGGCUGUCUGCUCAUCUGGUAUGGCGCCUGGCUGCUGGACAGCCUCUCCGACCAGCAGGCGGUGAUGGGCAUGGACCACGGCGAGGAUCUGGCCGCCGUGCUCUGCAUCCUGCUGGGCAUCGUCGUCAUAGUGACCAGCGUCUUUGGCUCGGUGGCCGUGGUUAAGGAUUCCAGAACCCUGUUGAUCUGUUAUGCAGUUGUUUUGGUAUUACUCUUGAUCAUCCAGUUUGUGAUGGUCAGCAUUAGUUAUGCCGCCAGCCGAGAGUCCUUGCCGGAUUCUUUGAGACAGGGAUUCGAUGAUCUGUGGGACUUGCAGCACGAGGGCAACAGCACACUGAACACAUACGAGGAGUGGCUGCAUUGUUGUGGGCGUAACAGUGCCGAGGACUAUCUGCAUCUUGAGAAGGAGCCGCCGCCGAGUUGUUGCCUGGAUCAGGACUGCAGCAAGCUCCUCAAUCUCUUCAUGGCUGGUUGCGAGAACAAGUUCAAGGAGUAUGUCAGCGGGAAGACCGCGAACUUCCACUCCUUAAGUUGGUUCCUUAUACUCUUUGAGUUUGCCGGCUCGGUGACCACCUGCUACCUAGUGGACAGCAUUCGCAAUCAUCGCGACCGCAUACGUUUCUAUAAUUAAAAUAAGAUUUAAGUGUUUUGCACGAACUGUAUUAUCGUUAUUCGUUGUGAGUAAUUUCCUAGCCGUAAGGCCCUGGCGAAUUGUGAUUGUAGUUUACGACGAUUAGUCAAGUUAGGCUACAAAUACCAAGUAUUUAAUCAUAAAACUGUAAACUGGCGCCCACGCCCAGAAAUAAAUCGAAAUGAAAAUAAAUAAACCCGUUGCUAUUGACUGAA